AUGCUGGGGGUCUCCAUCCUCCAGACUGUCCCUGUCCCAACCACAGGCACCACGAACCCACCACCCCAGCGGGUGAACGGCAGCUUGGGGGGGUCUGUGCUUCUCUCCCCACUCCUGCUCCCCAACGAGACAUGGAACGAGACCGAGUGGAGCUUCUCAGGUGACACCAGGCCUACCAUCCAAGUGGCAAAGGUUGGCCCCGAUGGCUUCAAGCGCCCCAACCCCAAGGACCGGUUCAAAAAUCGGCUGAAGAUGCUCAACCAGACGACGGUGAAGAUUGAGCCCCUGGAACUGGGGGACAGUGGGGUCUACAAGGCUCAGAUCUUACUGGACACGGCGGAGGUGAUGGAGCAAUCCUUUAUCCUCUCCAUCUACGGCACCACGAACCCACCACCCCAGCGGGUGAACGGCAGCUUGGGGGGGUCUGUGCUUCUCUCCCCACUCCUGCUCCCCAACGAGACAUGGAACGAGACCGAGUGGAGCUUCUCAGGUGACACCAGGCCUACCAUCCAAGUGGCAAAGGUUGGCCCCGAUGGCUUCAAGCGCCCCAACCCCAAGGACCGGUUCAAAAAUCGGCUGAAGAUGCUCAACCAGACGACGGUGAAGAUUGAGCCCCUGGAACUGGGGGACAGUGGGGUCUACAAGGCUCAGAUCUUACUGGACACGGCGGAGGUGAUGGAGCAAUCCUUUAUCCUCUCCAUCUACGGGCCACUGGGAGAGCUGGAGAUCAAGCCCCAUCUUCUCUCCCUCACCACCCAUGGGUGCAACCUCACCCUGAGGUGCCAGGUGCCAGCGGACAAAGAUGUUGAGGUCACCUGGGAGCCCAGGCCACCCUGGGGACACCUCUGUGGGGACAACCAGACCCUGUGCCUGGAUGUGCCCCCCAGCACCUUCAGCUCCAUGGUCACCUGCACGGCCCAGAACCCCAUCGAGAAGAAGAACAUCUCCAUCCCCCUGGACAACGUGUGCAAGGGGGGCUGGGAUAUGUGGCUGGUGUGCCUGGUGGUGGUGGCGGUGGCGGUGGUAGCCCUGCUCGGUGGCGUCUGGCUGUGGAGGAAGAAGAGGAGGAGGAGGAAGAAGAAAAGAGCGGAGGGAGGGGGCUGGAAGAGGUGGCUGGUGUGCCUGGUAGUGGUGGCGGUGGCGGUGGUAGCCCUGCUCGGUGGCGUCUGGCUGUGGAGGAAGAAGAGGAGGAGGAGGAAGAAGAAAAGAGCGGAGGGAGGGGGCUGGGAUAUGUGGCUGGUGUGCCUGGUGGUGGUGGCGGUGGCGGUGGUAGCCCUGCUCGGUGGCGUCUGGCUGUGGAGGAAGAAGAGGAGGAGGAGGAAGAAGAAAAGAGCGGAGGGAGCUGGAUCCCUGCACAUCUGCUCCCCAUAUGCUAAUACCCCUGCACAUCUGGCACCCCGCACAUCGGACCCCCAUAUAGCAGGUCCCCGCAUGCUAAUCCCCCCGCACAUCUGGCUCCCUGCACAUUGGACCCCCAUAUAG